AUGAACUCGGCAGUAGAGGCUGAAACUAUGUUCUUAACUACUCUUUUAACCCAAUUCCACAUUAACCUGUCAAGUGGGUGGGGGGUGGGGGGGGUCAGUGUCAUUGUUAGCUUCUCCGUCAGCGUCCCCGUCAGUGCCUGCGUCAGCGUCCCCGUCAAUGUCUGCGUCAGCGUCCCCGUCAAUGUCUGCGUCAGCGUCCCCGUCAAUGUCUGCGUCAGCGUCCCCGUCAGUGCCUGCGUCAGCGUCCCCGUCAAUGCCUGCGUCAGCGUCCCCGUCAAUGCCUGCGUCAGCGUCCCCGUCAAUGCCUGCGUCAGCGUCCCCGUCAGUGCCUGCGUCAGCGUCCCCGUCAGUGCCUGCGUCAGCGUCCCCGUCAAUGCCUGCGUCAGCGUCCCCGUCAAUGCCUGCGUCAGCGUCCCCGUCAAUGCCUGCGUCAGCGUCCCCGUCAAUGCCUGGGUCAGCGUCCCCGUCAAUGCCUGCGUCAGCGUCCCCGUCAAUGCCUGCGUCAGCGUCCCCGUCAGUGCCUGCGUCAGCGUCCCCGUCAAUGCCUGCGUCAGCGUCAGCGUCAAUGCCUGCGUCAGCGUCCCCGUCAAUGCCUGCGUCAGCGUCCCCGUCAAUGUGUGA